AUGACUCUCUUUAGAGCAUCUAGCUAUGCAAGGGCAUGGAGAACUCCGAUAUUGUAUCAGGUCAAACAACCAAAUUUUGUUUUUGUUAGACCGAGAUCCCGUGUUUUAUCUACCACAGUGACUCAGCAACUACCACCUUUUACGACAAAACUAAAAAAUUUUAUCAUUGGAACUGUCAGCGUCGUAUUUGGUGUCACCUUUUUAGAAUAUUAUUUUGAUUCAAGGGCAGCUAUUCAUAAAUAUUUUGUCACACCC